AUGGUUAUGCUACAAGAGACAAAAAAAUCAGAGGUUGAUGAUAGAUUUGUUAGGUCACUCUGGCCUAAUGAAUCAAUGGAGUUCAUGUGGGUGGAUGCGGAAGAUAGUACGGGUGGUUUUCUUUGCAUAUGGAAUCCAGAUGUCUUUGCUUUAAAAGAUUGUUGCAGCUCCAGGAGGUUUAUUCUACUUGCAGGCAUUUUUCAUUCUAGCAUUGAUUGUGUUAUUGGUAAUAUUUAUGCUCCUAAUGAGGAGGCUGUUAGGAGGCAAUUAUGGGGGGUGUUGUCUAAAUUAAAAGAAAACUUUCCUAAACCAUGGUGCUUAGGAGAGGAUUUCAAUGAAAUUACUUCAAUUGUUGAGAGAAAAGGUUGUCUAAGGAAAGAUAAGGGUAUGGCUGAGUUUGGGAGCUUUAUUAAUGAGUUGGAAUUGGUGGACAUUUCUAUGCUUGGGAGACAAUACACAUGGGGCAAUUCCCAAAGUUGGAGUAGAAUUGACAGAUUCUUAGUUAACCCAAAAUGGUUAGAAUGGUUCAAAUUCAAGGUGUGGGGGUUACCUAGAAUGCUGUCUGAUCAUUGCCCAAUUUUAUUGAAAGAAGAUAAGAGAGAUUGGAGACCUAAACCUUUUAGGUUCAUAAAUGUGUGGGUCAUGCAUCCUAUGUUCAUGAAGGAGCUAAAAAAGGCUUGGGAAGGUUUGAAUGUAAGGGGAUGGGUAGGGUAUAUUGUUAUGAGUAAGUUAAGAUCAUUCAAAAUGGCUCUGAAAAAAUGGAACAGUGAGGUGUUCGAAAAUGUGGAAUCAAAACUUAAAGAGGUUGAAGAUGAGCUGCACAAGUUACACUUAAAGGCAGAAUCCACAAACCUUAAUGAGAUGGAAAUCACAAGAAGAAAAGAGGUGUUAGGGUUGGUUUGGUAG